AUGUCCAACGUACAUAAAUAUUUCGAUCGUGUCUCUGAAGAAUGGGAAAUUCGAGAUUUUCUGAUGAAUUGUGAUAUAGAACCGUUUGAACAAAAAAUCGAUUGUUACACUAAAAGUCUCGAAGAAAUUGCUAAGAAUGAGGGAGGCAGCGAGGGUGAUCUUCUAGCUCGUUCUGUUCUGUUCUUGAUACUGGCCUUGUUAGGGCGCAGGCGACUUUCUAGGUCGUUAGGGCGACUUUCUAGGUCGUUAGAGCGACUUUCUAGGUCGUUCGGUCCUGGUAAUGGAAACGACCGUCAAGUUGCAAAAAGUUGGAACAAUGAAAGAUCUCAUAGCAAGGUAUAUCUCCACCAACCAACAAUUACCUGUGAGAAUAUCAGCGGGUUUAACGGGCAUAUAAAUAUGAACAAAAAUGGAAUUUUCGCUUCUGGAUCAACUAUAUCCAAAAGGGAUCGUGAAGAAUCCGAUGAUGAUGAUUUCCAACCUGAUCCUGUCCGUCAACAAAAGCGGAAAAAAAUCUAUCGCUAUCAAAGGUUAGGAUAUAAUAAUAAAGCCAAAACUACAAAGAAUACGUCAUCAUCACUACCAAAAGCAGUACCAGGAGUGUCACCAGGAAGUGGAAAUCUUAUUCUUAAUGAUCAACAACCACAAACUUCUGAUCCGUUAGAUCUGUCUUUGAAGAAGACAAUCAACGGCCAAGAAGAAGUGAAUGAGAAGAUCAAUGAUUAUGUAGAAGUGGAGGAAAAUGCCGGAGAUCAAUUUGUAGAACGGAUAGAAGAUCAUAAACCAACGCCAAAAACAUGUCGAUCGUGGAUCAUCCGGAGUGGUACUAACGUUGGAGAGACAUUAGCAAGAUAUGUGGAAACCAUUCCGGAGGCCCAAAAAUGUUUAAAUCUCGCUUAUUGGAACAUACUUGAUCUUACUGAGGAUGGCCUAAUAAGAUCUUUUUUUUCAAAGAAUGACUGGGAACAGAUAACAGAAAGCUUCGAAAGGGAAGUUAUUCUAAUCGAAUCAGAUAUACCGGAUGUUGUGACAUUUUUUUUCAAUGAAGUAGAGAAGAUAACAAAACAAGAAAACGCAAACAUUGUUAAGGAAAUCGAAAAUUUAUCUCCGGAAUUAAUUGAAAAGAAUAAUCAUGUUGAGCUAACAAAAGAGGAGAAAGAUAUUGUUGACAGCAUCAGACGUGCUAUAAUAACAUAUACAGAAAACCUAAAAGGACUCGAACUACCCAUCUCAGAGAGCGAUUUUGACAAUGAUUUUCCGAACAUGUUGACAAAACGAUUCUUAGAAAAACAAGAUCUGAAAAUGGAUGUUGGUGAAAUCGCCUGCUGGGCUUCUUCUCGACGCAGGAAUGAAGGGCGUUCGAUUGUCCUUCGCGCACGAAUAGGCCAGAAAUGUGAUUUUCGGGGUACGUUAAAAAACAGUGUUAAUAGUCUCGAAGCAAUAAUUGGGCUCAGAAGUGGGGGUCUACCGGUCACCCAUCGCAAAAAGAUUUUUGAGGAUCGUAUUGAUCUUUUAUAUGAUUUUUUCAAGUCUAAUUCGCACGCACCUGGAGACGAUCUCCACCGCACGUAUGUUCUCGGAAUCCAAUCUUGGGGGUGGGUUCACGAAACGUACGGGAUGGACUGUAAGGCCACAAACGUAUUACGCCUUGGAAGACUUUCCCAGACUAGGUUGCCAAACACCCAGAAAUCGCUUGCAAUUCUUGAAGGCUUUUAUGCGAUCAUGUCAGAUGUCAAGGCCACGUUGAAGGCAAUUUGCGAUCAUACAAACAAUGUCUCACUUUCCAAUUCACGUGCACAUAGAGAUCGCAAGAGGAAAAAUUCAGCACAUGAUAAGCAACUUGGAUCAUUUGGCAUACCUUCAGCAAGCCCAAAGAAGAAAACCGGGGCCCCCGCCAAGAUCGGAGUUAAUAUUUCUAGCAGAUUUCCCAGAUGUAUCGCGGUUGUAUCACAGUAUUGA